AAUUAUGAAAAAAAAAAGACAAUAAUUCAAAUGAAUCGGGGCUCCGUCGGGUCGGAUUUUAAAAAGCGGAGCUCCGAAAACGUCAUUUUAAAUAAUAUAUAGCCGUUUGAAAUAGCGUCGGUGGCCAUUUGAAAUCUCUCCGAAUUCAGUCUCAGACCCUACGUGACCGUUGUUCUCUCUCUCUCCACUCAGCUCUGUUACUUCUUCUGCUUCUUCUUCUUCUUCAUCAAAAUUCUUGGCAUUUCUUUCGAAAUUUCACGUCCUCACUCUCUUCGAAUCCAUGGAUGAUGCAACGGUAGAAUUCGUCUCGGAAUUAUGCCCUCCGAUUGUUCCUAGUUGUGAUCCGAGGCCUCUGCCUUCAUUAUCUGGUUCAGACAUUGAUUUGAGAGAAUCUUUUGAACAUGCGGAUAAGAUGGAGAGCGGAUUAUCUAGCGAUGAACCCCAAUUAGCAUCACCAGAUGGAGCGCAAAUACUUCCAAUCCUUCAAAAGGUCAUUGACUUGGGCAACAAAGUAGAGAAUUUGAAGAAUGAACAUAUGCUCCUAACUGAACGAUUCAAAUUAGACACUGAUGCUUUUCCAGGCCCUGAAUUUGUAAAAACUCUUCAACUUCUAGGUACAGAACAUGAACUUUUAAAGAAGAAAUACCUUGGAGAGGUCACUGAGCGAAGGAGACUUUACAAUGAAGUGAUUGAACUGAAAGGGAAUAUUAGAGUUUUCUGCAGAUGUAGACCAUUAAAUGAAAGCGAAUUGACCAAUGGAGCUACCUCUGUGAUUGAAUUUGAUUCAUCUCAGGAUAAUGAGAUUCAAGUUGUUUCUUCUGAUUCUUCAAAAAAACAGUUUAAAUUUGAUCAUGUGUUCAAGACAGAGGAUGGCCAAGAAACUGUUUUCGGUCAAGCUAAGCCUGUUGUAGCUUCAGUGAUGGAUGGGUAUAAUGUCUGCAUAUUUGCUUAUGGACAAACUGGAACGGGUAAGACAUUUACUAUGGAGGGAACACCUGAAAAUAGAGGAGUCAACUACCGGACUCUGAAGGAACUGUUUAAGAUUUCCAAAGAGAGAGAUGGUGUUAUGAAAUAUGAAUUGUAUGUCAGCAUGUUGGAGGUUUAUAAUGAAAAGAUAAGGGACCUCUUGGCAGACAACUGCAACCCAAAUCUGAAGAAGUUGGAGAUUAAGCAAGCAGCAGAAGGAACACAGGAAGUCCCUGGAUUGGUUGAAGCUCAAGUUUAUGGAACUGAAGAAGUGUGGGAACUACUCAAGUCUGGCGGCCGGGCAAGAUCUGUUGGAUCCACCAGCGCUAAUGAGCUAAGCAGCCGAUCCCACUGCUUGUUGCGAGUCACUGUCAAGGGAGAGAGUCUUAUAAAUGGACAGAGGACAAAGAGUCAUCUUUGGCUGGUCGACUUGGCUGGUAGCGAGCGUGUGGGGAGGAUCGAUGUCGAUGGCGAAAGAUUAAAGGAAUCUCAGUUCAUUAAUAAAUCACUUUCCGCUCUCGGUGAUGUCAUCUCCGCCCUUGCCUCUAAAACCGCUCACGUUCCUUACAGAAAUUCUAAACUCACUCAUUUGCUGCAAAGUUCUUUAGGAGGAGAUUGCAAAACCCUGAUGUUUGUACAGGUUAGUCCAAGUUCAGCCGACGGUGGAGAGACACUCUGCUCGUUGAAUUUCGCUAGUCGAGUUCGAGGGAUCGAGAAUGCCCCUGCUCGCAAACAGACAGAUCUCACAGAGCUGUUCAAGUUCAAGCAAAUGGCAGAAAAAUCCAAGCAUGACGAGAAGGAAAUGAAGAAGUUACAAGAUAAUGUGCAAUCCUUGCAGUUGAGACUCACUGCUAAGGAACAUAAUUGCAGGAAUCUUCAAGAGAAGGUUCGAGAUCUCGAGAGUCAACUAGCAGAUGAGAGGAAAGCCAGAAUAAAACAGGAAAGUAGAGCUCUUGCUGCUACUUCUACCGCUGCCUCUCUUCCAAAGUUGGCAGCUCCCAAAACUGUUACAGAAAAGAAGCCACCAUUAGGUCCUUCUAAACUAAGGCUACCCCUAAGAAAGAUAACCAAUUUCAUGCCGCAACCUACGACGUCGUCACCCGUACCAUCCAAGAAAAGGCGUGUCUCGUCGUUCAUAAAUACUGCUGCUCCUCCUCCAACAGAGGGCAAAGAAAAUGGCCACAGAAUGAUGACAACUGCAGCUGCAAACACAAGAAGCCUACUGGUACCAAGACGACGCUCACUUUCUGUUAGACCAAUUCCAACGACGACGACAACGACAACGGCGCAGGUUUUUCAACCUAAGAGACGGGUUUCAAUGGCUACGCUUCGUCCGGAGCUGAACUCUCACAUGACAACACCACUUCACACUUUGGGGCCACAAGAAUUUGCAACAAGGAAAGCAAGAUACUCAAAGUUGUUCUCUCCAUUACCAGAGUUCCAAACAUCAGUAGAGGCAACACCAAUUGCCAUGAGGAGCAGUAGCAAGUUCAUGGGGAGCACUCCAACUCAAGGUGUCCCCAAAGUUAUUGCAUUGCAAAGAAAACCAGUAGUGUGGAGUCCUCUCAAGUGGAGAGAGCUGAGAAACUUAAGGAGGCCAUCUUUAAUACCGUCUCGACUUUCCUCUACGGAGUUCCAAUGACGAUAUACAGCCUUCGUCUCGACCACCUUCCCACUGCUCUGCAAAGAAAGCCAUCAAAUGUGGAGUCCUCUCGCCCAAAACUUGCAGUAGGUCAUCUUCAAUACCGACCCCGUCUCGAUCUCCUACCGAGCAAGUUCCAAUGAUGAUAUCGUCUUCAACGUUAUGUACUGUUUCUUCUCUAACCUCUUCCCUCUCUACAGUAUGUUCUCUGUGAUUACUACUAUAAUUACAAUUCUUUUUAUAGGGUGUUUACAGCUAAAUUGUAUGCUUCUGGCUUACCAAAUGAAGUCUCAAGAAACACAAAGUCAAGUUUAGAUUUGUACUCUUUAUCCUUUAGAGAUCAGAAAUUUACUGUUUUUUCCCA